CAUUACUUUGUAACAUCCUAUUCUCCCUUUUGACUUUUUGUUCAUUCUAAGACGUUGACAAUUCCAGACUCCGAAGGUAAGCCAAAGCUCUCAGAUUUCUGCCAAAUCUAAGCUAAUUAGCACUUACCAAGCCGUCUUACUUUUACUCCUCACGCUUUCCGUAGCUGUUUUUCGCCUUCCACCCUCGCCCGAUAUCCCACUCACCAAUAAGUCAAUAUGAGUACGACAGAUUGGAAAGAAAUCUAUUUAGCUAGGUUACAAACGGCAACAGACCGGCAGUGCGUGGGCUCUGCCGUCUACCAAGCAUGUAAGUACGUCGGCCUUUCUCUCAGAAGUGUACUAACAGGGCAGGCGAGAUCAUUAGUAGCCGCCAAAUAUCCAGCGAACAGAAGUAUCGCGACUUGAAGCAAUCCGAUGUAUACUUACACUUACAGGAGAAGACUGAUAUGGUGGCCAGCCUUACAGAGAAAAUGCGCCAUCUAGGUGGCUCUCUCAGUGCGGAACAGUCAAAGACCACCCAGCAAGAAGACCAUAUUCGAGCGUUGGAAUUCAG